CUAAUCAAUGAACCUCAACCAUCUGGCCACACUAUCACUGUUUGGCACUUUUGUAUUUUAAAGAAACUGUCUUGUUUUAUUAUUUUUUUUUCGUUUGCCGGCGCUUGAUCUAAAGUAGCGGCGUCACUGAAUGAAAAUCGAGAAACUCCCAUCCCGGACGACAAUAAUGAGCGGCAAGGCGGGCGUGGUGUUGAAUUGCCGCACCUGUACAAGAGCCUGCAAGCAGCACAAGGCGCUGCAGGAUGAGAUCGAGCUGGGUCCCGCCGAGGGCACUACUACGCUGGCCAGCAUGUUGAACUACUGCUCCGGCCUGUCCUUUGAGCCGCAGGACGGCGCCGCCAUGCCCCAGCACAUUUGCAUGCACUGUCUGCAGCUCCUGGAGCAGGCCUUCAACUUCAAGCGUAUGGUGCUCGACUCGGACGAGCUUCUCCGCCUCGGCUUGGACGAAAUCGCCCAGGGAAGUCAUGAGAAAAGCGACCAGUUCCAGCACGAAGCCGAUAUGUCGACAGCGGAAACCCUUCCCGAAACAGGGACGUUGCCCGAUGAGAACGAGGAGUACGUGAUGAUCGAAAUGCUCGGCGAAGAUCAGGAUGCAAGCAUUUUGAACGAGGGGGAUUUGGAGGGAGAGCAUAAACUGGGUGCCAUAAUGGAGAUAACACAGGACGAGGAGGAGUAUGUCAUUGAGGAGGUAACUGAGCAGGAGAUGGUCGGGUCGCAGCUCAAGGAGGAGCACCUGAUCGUGGAGAGCGUCCACGAGUACCAGCCUGCGAAUGUCGAGUACGUUACGAUUAAGGAUGAGGAAUACCACCCGAUGAUUGCCGAGGAGGAUGACAUCGAGGUGAUGGACGAAUCGGCCACUGGCGGCGAGAUAAUCCAUGCCCAGAUGAUUGUGAUACCCAGCGACGAGGUGAUCGCCGAGGAGACCCUCGAAAUGGACGAGAACGGUACCGGAGAGCAUUUGAUAACUGAGGAGGUGUGCGAGGAGGACUACGUGGAGGAGUCACUGGACUCGGUGCCGACAAGUACAAACGAGACACUGCCGCAUGUGUGUAAGGUGUGCCAGAAGGGAUUCCGGCAGCUGUGCCGCCUCAACCAGCACAUGCGCAGCCAUGUGGACGAGAAGCAUUACGAGUGCGAGGAGUGCGGCAAGCGGCUGAAGCACCUGCGCAACUACAAGGAGCACAUGCUCACCCACACCAACAUCAAGCCGCACCAGUGCGACAUCUGCGGACGCUACUAUCGCACCACCUCCAGCCUGGCGGCCCACAAACGCAACCACGCCGACGAGAAGCCGUAUACGUGUGACCAAUGCGGACGCGGCUAUGCGGCCCUGGAUCAUCUGAGACGGCACAAGCUAACCCACACCGGGGAGCGUCCCUAUGCCUGUGAUUUGUGCGACAAGGCCUACUACGACUCGUCGUCGCUGCGCCAGCACAAGAUUAGCCACACCGGCGAGAAGGCCUUCACCUGCGAGAUCUGUGGCGUCGGCCUCUCGCAAAAAUCCGGCUACAAGAAGCACCUGCUGGUCCACUCCGGCGCCAAGCCGCACAAAUGCCACAUCUGCGGACGCGCCUUCACCUUCACCAGCAACCUCAACGCCCACGUCCGCCUCCACUCCGGCGAAAAGCCGUUCAAGUGCGACUUCUGCAUAAAGGCCUUUCCCACAAAGAAGCGCCUGAACAGCCACCUCCGCGUCCACAACAAGGAGCAUCCGGUGCAGUCCGGCUCCACGGGCUCGCACAACAUCGAUCUGCGUCGCAAGGCGAUGGCGGGCGGCAGCGGUGGCGUCGGUGGGAGCGAUGUACCUGAACAGCCGGUCUCCACGUCCAAGGUGGUGGUGGUUCUUUAAGCGGGUCUACCUUUUCGACAAUUAAUUUAAGACUUUUUUUUAAAACAAUCAUGCAUGGAUAUUUAAGGGAUAUAUAUAUAUAUUUAUAUAUAAUAUACACGUAGCUAUAUACAAUAUAUAAGCCAUUGAAUUAUACCGACAAUUAUGCACUCAGAAUAUAAAUUGUAUAUAGCUUUCAGUUUAAAAACGAACUAUAUAAAUAUAUAUAUAUAUAAGGAUAUAUGAGGACAGGUUCUAGGAUUAUGAAUGAAUUGCAAAACGGACACUGUACCAUGUACAUGUAUUUUUCUACCACCAGAUAGCCAGAUAGCUAGAGCCAGAGAAAUAAAUUGUAAUCUUAAUUGUAAAUAUUUGUUCCAAUCGAUUGUAAUUAAUAUUUUGUAGCUUAGUGUCCUUGGCUUUAAGUAAUUAUUUAUUGGCAAUGCUAAUGGUAAUAAAUUGCAACAGUUUUUUAGAACAAA